AACGCAUACACCGUCUCCCUCCCCACGCAGCGCGUCGUCGUCUACGGCCCCUCCCUCCCCCCCUUCGACACCGUCACCGAGAAGAUUGCAAAGACCGGCAAGGAGAUUCUCUCAAAGGAGGAGAUUGCGGCCGGCGCGCCGGUGCCGCCUGUGGCGUAG